AUGGAUAGUAGUGAAUUUGAUUCCGAAAAUCAAACUGAAAGAAGUUAUCGUACUGAUUUGCAUUACAAUGGUUCGAGAAACGCGGGUGCUGAAGAACUUGAGGACGAUGAAGAGGAGAUACAAAUGUCCUCGCAAGAGGUACUGGAAGCGCUUCAACGUGCUUGGAUAAAUGAAAAGUUUGCGCCCGAUGUGCUACCCUACGAAGAUGCUUUGGUAGAAAUGGUCAUGAUACAGCUGGUGCACAUGGAAGAAAAUCUUGCAACAGCAAACAAGAACGAUCUGCUCUAUAUCGUACAUCGCAUGGAAGUAGAAAGGAUCCGAUUCAUCGUAGCAAGCUAUCUGCGGUGCAGGUUACAAAAGCUAGAAACGUACGCGUCCCACAUUCUUGACGUAGAAUCUGACAGACCGCCUAAUUUAAAACGGCUGUCGGAGGCGGAGCAAAAGUUUACGCACGAUUUCCACGGCAUCGUUGAAACCCAUUUCCACGAGCUGGUCACUCGGCACAUGCCACAAAACCAUCAAGACGAUGAACGAGUACGACGAGUCGUGCCAAAUCUGAACUCACACGUAUUCGUCAGAGCAAGACGAGACGUGGGGGAAUAUUCCUUUGCAAACGGUGAACACUCGGUCAACAUUCGUGCUGGCGCGGUGCAUUUGUUGCGAUAUCGGGAUAUCGAAAGACUGGUGAUAGAAGGACUACUAGAAUUGAUAUGA